CAUUGUAGCCCACCGAAUUGUAUUAAUCAAACAAUUAAAUCAAUAUCGAAUUUAUAAAAUAAUCAUGGCGUCGAAUGUUAAGGAAUUUUUAUUUGAACCAUUUAAAGUUAUUGAAGUUAAAUUCGAAGGACGUAAAUGGCCCAGACCUAGAAGUGGACAUAGAAUUAUUUGUGAUGAUGGAAAUGUUUACUGUUUCGGAGGUUACAACCCUUCUUUGUUAUUGAAAGAAAUACAGCUUAACAGUUCCACAUGGUCACCCACAAAACCACUAUUUAGGGAAUUGUGGAGUUUUAAUGUAGCCACAAGAUUGUGGAAGGAACAUGAUAUAGCUGCAAAUAUGCCUGAAGAACUAGCUUCAAAUGCUAUGUGUAUCAAUGGCAGACAUCUUAUGAUACAUGGUGGUACUGGUUUUCACUUUGGUAACAAAUGCAGUAAUGAUGUUAUAGUAUGGAAUACCAAAAAUUGUAAUAAUAGCCUAGAAAUACUGGAAGUAACAGGUGCUAGGCCACCUGGGCAAUAUGGGCAGUCUAUCUUCUGCCACAAUAGCUAUUUUUAUACUAUAGGAGGAACAAAUGGUCAUGAGUACAAUUGUGAUAUUCACAGAUUAGAUUUACGUACUAGGACAUGGGAACCUGCAUUUAUAGGCACAGGACAAGAUAAUGAACCACAAGGAAGAUAUAGACAUGAAAUUGCAAAAGCUGAUAACAAACUUUAUAUCAUUGGUGGAGGCACCAAUGAAAUGGCCUUUGAACUAAUGGAAAUCCCCAUGUUUGACUUAGAUAACAAUACUUGGUCAAGCUUAUUACCAAAGCCCGAUGAUAGUUUAGAGAAAACCAUUGCACCAUUACCAAGAAAGUGUCAUAGUGCAGUUCAAAUUGAUACAGAGAGUGGUGUUCAAGUUUUUGUUGUUGGGGGGAGUGACAGUGAAUCAGUGUUUAAUGAUGUUUGGCGGUUAGAUUUACCUGAACUCCAGUGGCAUUUAAUGCAAAAAAGUGUUCUUCCUAAUCCACUGUACUUCCAUUCAUCUGCAGUCACUUCAUAUGGAUGUAUGUAUAUAUUUGGCGGCAUAGAAUCAUUACAAAAUGCAACAUGUAGAAAGAAUAAGUUAUAUAAAAUGUGGUUAUGUAUUCCAAAGUUAAGUGAAAUGUGUUGGGAAGCACUCCAUAGUUGUUAUCCAAAAGUUGCAACACUCAAAAAACAGGAACUACUUAACAUAGGUAUUCCUCAACACAUUGUUGAUAGAGUGCAUACUGGUUAAGAUAUCAAUGUCUUUGGAUUCAUUUGUGGUAUAAACUCAAAAUUGUCUAUUUUGCCUAUAAAGAUAAAUAAACAGCAAAAAAAGAAGAUUCUUAGUCCUGUAUUCUAGAAUGUCAAUGUCUAUUCUAAUUAAAUCUAGAUUCAGAAACUGUCAAACCAUUUUUUUUUCAAUAAGUUUGACAUAUUUGUUAGCACACAGAUGGGAUUGUGACUUGAGAUAUGAAUUACAAAAUGGACCUUAGAAUUUGAUAAUAAAAAUUGCUUAAUCAUUAAAAUAUAAAAUUAUACAUUUAGUAAUAUGAAUUUUAUUACAAAUUAGGUUCAGCUUGAAUAUACAUUUUGAAAUCAAUUCAUGGUUAAUACACCCUAUGAAAAUAGGGUAAAAUGUUGCAGCAUGACUUUUACU